AUGUGGGUCGCAUGGGGCACUCGGUGGCCGCAGAUGGGCGUGCCCAGGCCUGCUACUGUGCUGAUAGGCGCGCGAGGAUUGCAUUCAUCGCUGAGCGUGCCUAAAAAGCAGACGAAGACACGUACGUCGGCCACAAGGAAGGACACGGUAGUGAAAACCCCACGUAAAGAAAAACGGCGUGCCAAAGACAAGAACAAAACGCAGUCAAGUGCGACAAAAGCAGAGACAAAGCUAGAUGACGAUGCCGAUACCGAUGCAAAGAGCGAUGAGAAGCAGAAGAGAGCGACGACAAAGGACACUGGCAGCGCAAGAACCAACUCGAAUACUCGAGCCACAUCGUUCUUGUUUGGCGACGAGGCCCAAAAGGCACGUGUGGUUCGUCUGGAAAUGUGCGAGAAGGAAGCAGAGCAUGGUCUUCGAUUUGGGACUUUGUCCUCGUCGGACGUCCGCAUCAAACCAGUGAAGCCCUUGCGUCCCAUGGAGGUGGCAACGCUCGCUCAUGGCCUGGAUCGUGUCCUGUUUAACCCUGGCAUUCACUGGCUGCGUGAUAAACGAACGGGCAUCUAUAACUUUGAUCCCCAUCUUCGCAGCGUGUUGGAUGUAGAUCUGUUUGACUACAGUGCCUUGCCGCCUUAUCUGACCUCCAGUCGGGACCCAGAAUUGCUGGAAAUUACCAAGAAGCAAAAGAUGAAAUACUGCGGCAGUACAAGUAGCAUGACAGGCCUGCUGAGCCACUGCUACUUUCUGCUGAGUCGAUGGAAGGAACCGGAGAUGGGCGGGUUCAGCCCAAGCUUUAGCGACAUGUCGUCAGGCUUUAGUGAAGGGGCCAAGCUUCCCGUCUCGAUCAAGCUGCAAUAUCAACCUGGUGGCUUUUACGCCGUGGACGCUGAUAAGGGCUCCGAUGGAGAGACGGACAACACGAACUAUGUGCUUACAUCGCUGGGCAAAAGCUUGGAAAAGUUCUUGACGGCGUCGCCGCAAGAGUAUGCCAAGUACGAGCGUGUGAACAGUUGGAAACUCACAGAAAAGGAACGUACGCAAAAAGAAGCAUACCACUAUGCCAAAACCGACCGCUUCCUCCUUCGUUCGCAGCUGGAUUGCCAGGACCCUCGUCUACCGAACAAGACGUUCGACUUGAAGACGCGCGCUGUGGUCUCGAUCCGCAAUGAUCGUGCCAACUAUGCGGAAGGCUCGGGCUACCAAAUCCAACAUGCACGUGGCCUUUGGGAGUCGUUCGAGCGAGAGUAUUGGGACAUGGUCCGAGCCGCUUUUCUCAAGUACAAUUUCCAAGUGCGUAUUGGGCAUAUGGACGGCAUUUUUGUGGCCUACCACAACACAGCGCAGAUCUUUGGUUUUCAAUACAUCAGUCUGGAGGAAAUGAAUAUGCGUCUGUUCGGCAGUAACGAAAUGGGCGAUAUGGCGUACCACAUGUCUCUUGGUUUACUGGAGCGCAUCCUCGAUACAGCGACGGAAUGCAUACCCAAUGAAACGCUCUCCAUCACCAUGGAGACACGACCAGGGUCUGGAUCGAUGUCUGUGAUUGUCGAGGCAAGUUCGUCGCCGCAAGUUCUUCAACUGGAUAUCGAAAUGGACCGCUAUGUGAACGAGGCCUUGGUGCGUGGCCCGGUGGACCUGGCACAAUUCCAUGGGCCGAAGAGUGCAUCGCAACUGGAAGAUAUGCUGCAUGGUCGCCAUGAAGACGAUCUAUCCAAAUUGGAUUGGCAUGUGGACUAUUGUAUCACGCCACGACAUGAUUUGAGUGAGGACCAAGUGCAUGCCAACCUCAAAGACAUUCGGCAGCGACAGCGGGCCAUGCGAACCUUGUGCCUGCCGAAUGUAGCCAUGCUCAAUGAGCGUGAAGCAUACCGUAUUGAGGUCCUAGGCAAGCGGCCAGACGCAUUGAAGCGUUUCCUGGAAGAACGUGAAGAUGGUACGGCGAUAGGUAUGCCGCUCGCGCCAGGGCAGCACACGACACGCGAACUAAUCGAAAAGCAAAAUACCAUACCCCUCGAUGAAGCCCCGAAAAAAGUGCCCACGACACCCGUGCGCUGGCUACGCUACCCGGAUAUGACCGUGAAACGGGUUCGCGAACUCAGUCGACAAGGGCAUGAUAAGCACCAGCAAGAGACGAAAACCACCGCCUUUCAAAAGCCCAAAGUAUACCAAUCCAAACGCCAGGCACAUACAUAG